UUUGUUAUCAAAAAUUUUUAUUUUUAAUUUGAUUUUGAGUUUUUUGUUAAUCUCUCGAAGUCUCGAAUUUUUACAUGGUUUUAAUAUUUUCGUAUAUUCCGAUGAAAAAUGCUUCUAUUGCAGUCAAAAACUGCUUCUAUUUGAGUUAUCUUACCUGUUCCAACAAUCAUUUCUUGUUUCCUGAGCUCAGUCAUUGAUCAUAAAAUCAAUUUAAAUUUUCAUUCAUCUCUCAUCUGUCGGCCUCUUGCAUGGAUGAGUCGGUUGUCAAACGUUUUGUAUGUGAGUAUUGCGGGUUUGCAGCGAAUAAAAAAUUCAACUUGUGUCGUCACAUUAAGCUAUGUCAUUUAAGUGCCAAUCAUCUUGUGAGAAGUAAAAUAGCAUGUGCAUUAUGUGAUCAGUCAGUACUGAACAGAGAUGAUUUAACAACACAUCUCUCGGAAGUUCACCAGCAAACCAUCAAAACUGAAACAUUGAAGUUUUCUUCUCCAAUUGAAUUUGAAGCAUGGAGAAAACGCAUAGAAGCCGAACAUGUCUGCCGAUAUGUUCGACAGUCGGGAAUUUUGAAACGUAGCAAUGGACUCAUCAUUCAGUACUUGUAUUGCCAUAGAGAUGGUUUCCUUCGUGAUCGUUCCACAGGUUCGCGGAAAAGUCAGGGAUCCAGUAAGAUGAACGGUGCUUGUCCAUCUAAAAUUACUUACAAGGAACUUCCGUCGGGUGAAGUCGGUGUGACAUUUGUGAGCACUCAUCUAGGACACUGUGAUUUUGUUAGACGAUUGUAUAUACCGAAGGAAGAUAGAAUAAAAAUUGCUGAAAAAAUUAAACAAGGUAUACCAUACGACGUAAUUUUACAGUCUCUUCGUGAAGAUGUUUCCGAUGGUCCAUGGCCGAAUGGAGUUAUUAAUAAACGAGACCUACGGAAUAUUGCUCGAGAUUUCAAACUAGAUCAACCAAAAGGCCACGUAAAUGAUUUUUACAGUGUCGAUCUAUGGUAUAAAAAAAUCAGUGCCGUUAAUAAUCCCGAUGCGAGCUCGAUUUUAUUCUAUAAAAAAAGCGGCGAAGCAAUCAACGAUGAACGACUUCAAAAGAACGAUGUAAUGCUGAUUAUUGCGAACGAAUUUCAAAGACUGAUGCUGAAAAAAUACGGUGGUAACGUCGUUUGUACAGAUGUAGUGCACGGUGCAAAGCCGGACGAUUUUUAUGCGAUAACCAUUAUGAUCUUAGACCAAUCAGGUACAGGAUUUCCGGCCGCAUAUUGUUUCACAAACAAAAAAGAUGCAAAAAUGUUCUCAGUGUUGUAUGGAAAAUUACGAGAGCAAGUGGGACAGCUGCGUACAGAGAUAUUCAUAUCGGGUGACGAAGAAUCAUCUUACGAUGGUUGGAAGAGUGUAAUGGGACCUGUGCCAUAUCGUUUAUUGUGUCCGUGGAUCAUCGACACUUCUUGGCGACAGAACUUGAUCAGUAAAGUGACUAAUCCGCAAAAACGUGCGAUAAUGUACAAAACCUUGAACGAUUUGUUGCAAGAACCCGAUACUCGAAUAUUUGAUACCUUGUUAACGAAUUUUUUGCGACAAAUUAUGAAUGAUCCUGAAACGCAAUCGUUUGGAUCGUAUUUUUCGACUUUCUACGCAUUUCGGCCAGCUUUCUGGGCAUAUAGUCAUAUACAGAGCUGUGGUUUAGACUCCGAUUUACCAUUAGACGCUGUACAUAAAGUGGUGAACAGUUACUACAUUCAUGCCAAAAGGAGUUUUCGGUUAGCUACAUGCUUGGACUCUUUAAUGAGAUACACGAGGGAUACUUCGUGUCUAAGUCAGGGUAAAAAGCCUAAACCUCAACGAACUGCUCACAAAAAGGAGAUUAUGAUCGCUCAUGAAAAAGCUCAACAGACUGAUUGGAACCAACACUUUGAAUAUGUCGACGAAGUUAUUCCAAAUAUGUGGUACGUUCGAUCUCAUACCAAUGAAGAAAUCAAAUAUGCGGUCGAGUUGUUGCUAGAACAGCCACAAGUAUGCAGUAGUUCUUGUUCAUCGACGUGCGAACAAUGCAUUCCGAAAAUCUGCGUUCAUACUUUCUCGUGCGAAUGCACCGACUAUGUGAUGAGAAGAAACAUUUGUAAACAUAUCCACGCUCUCGUUAUAUUCCCCAAUGUUCCUAAAGAAAUUAGUGUGAUACAGUGUGAUUCAACUUUUCAAGAUGAUGACAUCAUUUUGGACGAAGCUGUCGUGGAGAUUGAGUGCGAUGUUUCUCCGACAUUAGAGACUAGCGGUUUGAAAGAAUCCGGGACUUAUGAUUUACCAGCAGUUGAAAAUAAAUUAGAACAGGUCGUAGGAUAUUUGAAAUCGAAUCCUGAUUGCACCAGUGAAGAAACCAGUAGACUGUCACAAUUAGCGGACGAAAUGUUGAAUAUCCUGCAUUAUCGAGCAAAAACGAAAUGAAUUUUCUACAUAUAAUAUUGAGUUUAUGAAUCAUUUUUAAUGUAAUGUUGUUUUGUUUUCUAUUUCUUAAUGUUGCGUGAAAUUAAAAAUAAGAUCGCAAAUAAUAUAAAUUUGUGACGUUAAA